CGCCCCUCGGUCACGUGACGGGCUGACUAGAAACCAGGGUCAGGGCAGCAGACGCUCUGCGGUCCGGGAUUCUAGGGGAUCCCUGGGGAGAGGGAGACCCGUGUGCCCAGUCCACGCGGCCAGCGUCGGACAGCUGACAGAAACACUAAGAUUCUUCAUGAAUAAGUUACACCACCAGACUUAGGAGCCACUGCACUGGAAGGCUCUUUAAUGGGGCAGCCGUUUGUCCCUUAGGUCUGGUCUCACAUCAUGACCCUCAGACCCCAGCUCUGAAGACAGUCCUCCCCACCCUUCCGCUGUGGGGUAGCCAGGCACUCUCACCAUGCUGGACUUCCUGGCUGAGAACAAUCUCUGUGGCCAGGCCAUCCUGAGGAUUGUUUCCUGUGGCAAUGCCAUCAUUGCUGAGGUGCUGCGGCUCUCUGAGUUUAUUCCUACUGUGUUCCUGCUGAAAGACCGGGCUGACCAGCAGAGAUAUGGCGACAUCAUCUUUGACUUCAGCUACUUUAAGGGGCCUGAGUUCUGGGAAAGCAAACUGGAAGCCAGACCUGAGCUGCAGGAUUUAGAUGAAGAAUUUCGGGAAAACAACAUAGAAAUUUUGACCAGAUUUUAUUUAGCCUUUCAAAGUGUGCAUAAAUACAUCGUAGACUUAAACAGAUACCUCGAGGAUCUCAAUGAAGGAGUUUAUAUUCAGCAGACCUUAGAAACUGUGCUUCUCAAUGAGGAUGGAAAACAGCUUCUAUGUGAAGCCCUGUACUUAUACGGAGUUAUGCUGCUCGUCAUCGACCAGAAGAUUGAAGGAGAAGUCAGAGAGAGAAUGCUGGUCUCCUACUAUCGAUACAGUGCUGCUCGGUCCUCUGCCGACUCAAAUAUGGAUGACAUCUGUAAGCUGCUGCGAAGCACAGGAUAUUCCAGCCAGCCAGGAGCUAAGAGACCACCCAACUACCCUGAGAGCUAUUUCCAGAGAGUGCCUAUCAACGAGACCUUCAUCAGCAUGGUCAUCGGACGCCUGAGAUCUGAUGACAUUUACAACCAGGUCUCUGCCUACCCUCUGCCGGAGCACCGCAGCACCGCCCUGGCAAACCAGGCCGCCAUGCUCUCCGUCAUCCUCUACUUUGAACCUUCCAUUCUUCACAGCCACCAAGCCAAAAUGAGGGAGAUCGUGGAUAAGUACUUUCCGGAUAACUGGGUAAUCAGCAUUUACAUGGGCAUCACUGUUAAUCUAGCCGAUGCGUGGGAACCUUACAAAGCUGCAAAGACUGCUCUCAACAAUACCCUUGACCUCUCAAAUGUCAAAGAACAGGCAAGCAGAUAUGCUAGUGUCAGCGAAAGAGUGCGCGCUCAGGUCCAGCAGUUUCUGAAAGAGGGUUACCUGAGGGAGGAGGUGCUUCUGGACAACAUCCCCAGGCUGCUGAACUGCCUGCGAGACUGCAAUGUGGCCAUCCGCUGGCUGAUGCUCCACACAGCCGACUCAGCCUGUGACCCAAACAACAAGCGCCUUCGUCAAAUCAAGGACCAGAUUCUGGCAGACUCUAGGUACAAUCCCAAGAUCCUCUUCCAGCUGCUGUUGGACACUGCACAGUUCGAGUUUAUACUCAAAGAGAUGUUCAAGCAAAUGCUUUCAGAGAAGCAGUCCAAGUGGGAGCAUUACAAGAAGGAGGGCUCCGAGCGCAUGACCGAGCUCGCCGAUGUCUUCUCAGGAGUGAAGCCACUAACCCGAGUGGAGAAAAAUGAAAAUCUUCAAGCUUGGUUCAGAGAGAUCUCAAAACAAAUACUGUCUCUAAAUUAUGAUGAUUCUACUGCUGCAGGCAGAAAAACUGUGCAGCUAAUACAAGCUUUGGAAGAGGUUCAGGAGUUUCACCAGUUGGAAUCAAAUCUACAAGUUUGCCAGUUUCUUGCUGACACCCGAAAAUUUCUCCAUCAAAUGAUCAGAACCAUCAACAUCAAGGAGGAAGUCCUGAUCACAAUGCAGAUCGUCGGGGACCUUUCUUUUGCCUGGCAGUUAAUUGACAGUUUCACAUCCAUCAUGCAGGAAAGCAUAAGGGUCAACCCGUCCAUGGUUACCAAGCUCAGAGCCACGUUCCUGAAGCUCGCCUCUGCCCUUGACCUUCCCCUGCUACGGAUCAAUCAAGCCAACAGCCCUGACCUCCUCAGUGUAUCUCAGUAUUACUCAGGGGAAUUGGUGUCAUACGUGAGAAAGGUUUUGCAGAUCAUUCCAGAAAGCAUGUUCACGUCUCUCCUGAAGAUCAUCAAGCUGCAGACCCAUGACAUCAUCGAAGUGCCCACCCGCCUGGACAAGGACAGGCUGCGGGACUACGCUCAGCUGGGCCCGCGAUACGAGGUUGCCAAGCUCACUCACGCCAUCUCCAUCUUUACGGAGGGCAUCUUGAUGAUGAAGACGACCCUGGUGGGCAUCAUCAAGGUGGAUCCCAAGCAGCUGCUGGAAGACGGAAUAAGGAAGGAGCUGGUUAAGCGCGUGGCUUUUGCCCUCCACCGGGGACUGAUAUUCAACCCUCGAGCCAAGCCAAGUGAGUUGAUGCCCAAGCUGAAAGAGCUGGGGGCCACCAUGGAUGGGUUCCAUCGUUCCUUUGAGUAUAUACAGGACUAUGUCAGCAUUUAUGGUCUGAAGAUUUGGCAGGAGGAAGUCUCUCGUAUCAUAAACUAUAAUGUGGAACAAGAGUGUAAUGACUUCUUAAGAACAAAGAUUCAAGACUGGCAGAGCAUGUACCAGUCCACUCAUAUACCAAUUCCGAAGUUCGCACCUGUGGAUGAGUCUAUAACGUUCAUUGGUCGACUUUGCAGAGAAAUCCUGCGGAUCACGGACCCUAAAAUGACAUGUUACAUAGACCAGCUGAACACUUGGUAUGACAUGAAAACUCAUCAAGAAGUGACCAGCAGUCGCCUCUUCUCAGAAAUCCAGAGCACCUUGGGGACCUUUGGUCUGAAUGGAUUGGACAGGCUUCUGUGCUUCAUGAUUGUGAAAGAGCUGCAGAAUUUCCUCAGUAUGUUUCAGAAGAUUAUCCUGAGAGAGAGAACUGUUCAGGAAACUUUAAAAACACUCAUGAGUGCUGUCAGCCCUCUAAGAAGCAUAGUAGCAAACUCAAGUAAAGUUUAUCUUUCUGCCAUCACCAAAACACAGAAGAUCUGGAGCGCGUACCUGGAGGCUAUAAUGAAGGUUGGACAGAUGCAGAUCCUGAGACAGCAGAUCGCCAAUGAGCUCAACUCUUCCUGUCGAUUCGAUUCCAGACAUCUGGCCGCUGCUCUGGAUAAUCUCAAUAAGGCUCUCCUGGCCGACAUCGAAGCCCACUACCGGGACCCCUCGCUUCCUUACCCCAAAGAAGAUAACACACUCUUAUAUGAAAUCACAGCCUAUCUGGAGGCAGCCGGCAUUCAUAACCCCCUGAAUAAGAUUUACAUAACAACGAAGCGCUUACCCUAUUUCCCGAUCGUCAACUUUCUGUUUCUGAUCGCGCAGUUGCCAAAACUUCAGUAUAACAAAAAUCUAGGCAUGGUCUGCCGGAAGCCUGCCGACCCUGUGGACUGGCCGCCCCUCGUCCUAGGUCUGCUCACUCUGCUGAAGCAGUUCCACUCCCGGUACACCGAGCAGUUCCUUGCGCUGAUUGGCCAGUUUAUUCGCUCCACAAUGGAGCAGUGCACAAGCCAGAAGAUGCCUGAAAUGCCUGCAGAUGCUGUGGGCGCCCUUCUCUUCCUAGAGGAUUAUGUUCGGUACACAAAACUCCCCCGGAGGGUGGCUGAGGCGCAUGUGCCUAACUUCAUUUUCGAUGAAUUCCGAACAGUCCUGUGACCUCCUCCUCCUGCUUCAGUGACAGGAUGUUCUAUGACUAAAAUGAACUUCAAAGUGAAAUGAUACUUGACUCCUCAUGCAACUUGCAUCUCCCCCUCUGUGGGGGUCAUCGGCAAUUCUAAGGAAGACGGCUCACAGCUCUAACAGUGUUUAAACCAUGGCAUCAUAGGGAAUUUUUAUCAUGUAGAAGCAGAACCAUUUUAUACUCCCUCUUCUAAAUGCUCAGUGUAACUGAUGGAUGAAUCCACUUCAUCUUAAAUUCUAAAGAACUAUUUGUACAACUCCUGAUCUUCAGUAAAACAGCAUUGCCAGUA